GUCGCCCGUGUCAGCUGAACCAGCGAUUGCCGAUUUAGACGCCAUGUCUACCACUUCACCGACUCAUUUCACCGCCGGGUUCUAAGCUGUGAGGCGGGCUCGAAGCUUUGCGUCGCGGCUACUCAUGUUAUGACCUGAACUUCUGCAAGCGCGGUUACCAGGCUAUCACGACCCAUUGGUGCUCCUGGAAUGCAUAUGCUACGCCCGGCGGCUAUUUCAUCCCUUCUCACGCAUGGGCUGUCACGCUUGACGCAAACGCUUCCGUUGCUGUUUUAAGUAACGCCUGCACUCAAGUUUUCUUUUGUUUGUGUGCGCCUGGAUAACAAACUGACUGCGCCAAUCAACCGGGGGCCAACGAAGCAACUGUCGUCGCCACGUGCCUCCCAGCUAACCUACAAGGUGAAUCCCGUGCAACCAAGUGACAGUGUCGCUACUCCGGGGGACAACGCAACGAAGUGACCGUGGCACUUCUCCGAGGGACAACGUAUCAACCUUCGUCGCUACGUUUGAUCUUCGGCAGUUAUAUUCACCAGGUUAAAUGGACACUAACUACGCUGAUGAAAUCGACAACCUGGUUGUCGACUUGGAGGCCGGCGCAAGAGAAUUCUUCACUGACAUGCUCAUGGACACUAAUGACGCUGACGAAAUCGGCAACCUGCUUGUCGACUUGGACGGCGCAAGAGGCAUCUUCACUGGAACGCUCAUCGACUACCGUAUGCCUUGCACGGUGAGCGAGGACACCACAUGCCAAAUUGUAUCCAACCUUUCCGUGUGGAACGAGUUUCUCUGUUGGAUUCAUCUGGAGCUGCGCGAGUUGCCUGAAACCGGGAGGCAAAUUGGCCUGGUGCGCGUCCCUGACAUAUGUUUUCGUUCGGCCACCGAAUACCAUCUACAUCGCGCGGCCGCAGUACUGUAUUGGCUGCUCAAGACUCACCGUUGCGUGGCGUCCGUGCACAUUCCGUACGUGUACACUUCCAGUGAAGAACGCUCUAAAUUAUACAGAGCUGUAUUUGGGAUACUUCUCGACGGCAAUUCUAUAAAAUCUUUGACGGUAGAAUGUUCCCCGCGGGUUUAUCGCUCAAGCUUUUGCAAUGUCCUCUUGUCUCUGAACUUCGGUGAAUUUCAAUUCUUCGAUACCUCGAUUGAUUCAAUCGUGUCAACAGCCAUUUCUGCACUUAUUCCAACUACAGCAACCUUGAGUGUUCUUAAUUUGUCGGAUAUCUUACUUCAACAAGGAAGGCAAGCAAAGUUGUUCUUCACAGCGCUCAGUGCGAACACCACAUUGCGAGAUUUAUCGCUAUCCUACAAUGCAAUUCGAGAAGAGCCUUCUUCUUUCGUUCAGUUUCUUGCCAGUAACGCUACCCUGCAACGUUUGAUGUUGAAGGGUAAUUCAAGAGUUGACGACUACACUCUGAAGUAUACUUUCGCAGGUAUGCUUAUGAAUGGGGCAAUCUGGAGUUUGGAAGUCGACAACUUCAUUUUGGAUUCGGAAAGCGUUAAGCUGGGAGCGCGGUUGCUGAGAGAAAACAAAGUAUUGAGAUACUUUAAGUUUUCAACGCGUGCCACAACACAUCGUGGCCGUUUGAUGACAGAGCAUUGCCGCCAAGGGAUUCCUGGUAACAUAGGCGCAUGGCAUGAAGCGGUUUCGCAGAACAACACGCUCCAAUAUAUGACGCUGAGUUUCGGCAUUUGGAAUGCGGAGCACUGGGGAUCAUUCUUUCGCAUUUUGCCAAAACACAGAAGCCUCAAGAUGGUGACCAUUGACGUGAAAGACAUGGAAUACGCUCACUUGGGUGGUGUCGUCAGGGAACUCGAACUAAGCGGCAGUGAAGAGAAAGUUUCCUUCAACGCUCCCUGCAGGAUAGACACAUUGGCGCUUUCUGAUUGCAAGCGCUGCUCUGAACUUGAGGCAUAUGUGCGGAUCAACAAUGAACACGAAAUCCUUCCAGUUUUCGAACAGCUUCCUGCUUUAUCCCACUUGAAUACUUUGAGCCUGAGAAUAGAACACUGGAAUAGCGUGAUUUGUUCGCUUGUUGCUCAAUACAUAGCAACCACAUCCGUGCUCCGAAAGCUCCAUUCAGUUACAUUUGGAAUCCUACCCGCGCGAAUCGGUCGAGUGGUUUCUAGCACUUUCUCAGUCGCUGCGGCUCAACCGAAGCAUCACUGA